AUUGCUGACAGGCGGCCCCGUGGGCGGUGGCCAAGGCGGCGGCCGGAGCGCGAUGGCGGGGGCGGCGGGACUCACGGCAGAAGUGAGCUGGAAGGUCUUGGAGCGAAGAGCUCGGACCAAGCGCUCAGUUUUAAAAUUGCUAUAGCUUAGCCUGAGACGCUUAUGAUUAGAGCCAACAAUUUGAAAUGGCCUGCUCACCUGAUGCAGUCGUCUCUCCGUCUUCUGCUUUCUUAAGGUCUGGCUCAGUUUAUGAACCUCUUAAAAGCAUUAAUCUUCCAAGACCUGAUAAUGAAACUCUCUGGGAUAAGUUGGACCAUUAUUACAGAAUUGUCAAGUCAACAUUGCUGCUGUAUCAAAGUCCAACUACUGGUCUCUUUCCCACUAAAACAUGCGGUGGUGACCAGAAGGCCAAGAUCCAGGACAGCCUAUACUGCGCUGCUGGGACCUGGGCUUUGGCUCUUGCAUACAGGCGAAUUGAUGAUGACAAAGGAAGGACCCAUGAGCUGGAGCACUCAGCUAUAAAAUGCAUGAGAGGAAUUCUCUACUGCUAUAUGCGUCAGGCCGAUAAGGUCCAGCAGUUUAAGCAGGAUCCACGCCCAACAACAUGUCUUCACUCUGUUUUCAAUGUGCAUACAGGAGAUGAGUUGCUCUCCUAUGAAGAAUAUGGUCAUCUUCAGAUAAAUGCAGUGUCACUCUAUCUCCUUUACCUUGUGGAAAUGAUUUCCUCAGGACUCCAGAUUAUCUACAACACUGAUGAGGUCUCUUUUAUUCAAAACCUUGUAUUUUGUGUGGAAAGAGUUUACCGUGUGCCUGACUUUGGUGUCUGGGAAAGAGGAAGCAAAUAUAAUAAUGGCAGCACAGAGCUACAUUCGAGGUCUGCUGGACUUUGCUGGAGGUCCACUCCAGACCCCGUUUGCCUGGGUAUCACCAGCGGAGGCUGCAGAACAUCAAAGAUUGCCACCUGUUUCUUCCUCUGGAAGCUUUGUCCCAGAGGGGCACCCGCCAGAUGCCAGCUGGAUCUCUCCUGUAUGAGCUCGGUUGGUUUAGCAAAAGCAGCUCUAGAAGCAAUUAAUGGAUUCAACCUUUUUGGCAACCAGGGCUGUUCAUGGUCAGUUAUAUUUGUGGAUCUCGAUGCUCACAAUCGCAACAGGCAAACUUUGUGCUCGCUGUUACCCAGAGAAUCAAGAUCACAUAAUACAGAUGCUGCCCUGCUCCCCUGCAUCAGUUAUCCUGCAUUUGCCCUGGAUGAUGAAGUUCUUUUUAGCCAGACACUUGAUAAAGUGGUUAGAAAAUUAAAAGGAAAAUAUGGAUUUAAACGUUUCUUGAGAGAUGGGUAUAGAACAUCAUUGGAAGAUCCCAACAGAUGCUACUACAAGCCAGCUGAAAUUAAGCUAUUUGAUGGCAUUGAAUGUGAAUUUCCCAUAUUUUUCCUUUAUAUGAUGAUUGAUGGAGUUUUUAGAGGCAAUCCUAAGCAAGUACAGGAAUAUCAGGAUCUUUUGACUCCAGUACUUCAUCAUACCACAGAAGGAUAUCCUGUUGUACCAAAGUACUAUUAUGUGCCAGCUGACUUUGUAGAAUAUGAAAAAAAUAACCCUGGUAGUCAAAAACGAUUUCCUAGCAACUGUGGCCGUGAUGGAAAACUGUUUCUUUGGGGACAAGCACUUUAUAUCAUCGCAAAACUCCUGACUGAUGAACUAAUUAGUCCUAAAGACAUUGAUCCUGUCCAGCGCUAUGUCCCACUGAAGGAUCAACGUAACGUGAGCAUGAGGUUUUCCAAUCAGGGCCCACUGGAAAAUGACUUGGUAGUUCAUGUGGCACUUAUAGCAGAAAGCCAAAGACUUCAAGUUUUUCUGAACACAUAUGGUAUUCAAACUCAAACUCCUCAACAAGUAGAACCCAUUCAGAUAUGGCCUCAGCAGGAGCUUGUGAAAGCUUAUUUGCAGCUGGGUAUUAAUGAAAAGUUAGGACUCUCUGGAAGGCCAGACAGGCCCAUUGGCUGCCUCGGUACAUCAAAGAUUUAUCGCAUUCUAGGAAAGACUGUGGUUUGUUACCCGAUUAUUUUCGACCUAAGUGAUUUCUACAUGUCUCAGGAUGUUUUCCUGCUGAUAGAUGACAUAAAGAAUGCGCUGCAGUUCAUUAAACAAUAUUGGAAAAUGCAUGGACGUCCACUUUUCCUUGUUCUCAUCCGGGAAGACAAUAUAAGAGGUAGCCGGUUCAACCCCAUAUUAGAUAUGCUGGCAGCCCUUAAAAAAGGAAUAAUUGGAGGAGUCAAAGUUCAUGUGGAUCGUCUACAGACACUAAUAUCUGGAGCUGUAGUAGAACAACUUGAUUUCCUACGAAUCAGUGACACAGAAGAGCUUCCAGAAUUUAAGAGUUUUGAGGAACUAGAACCUCCCAAACAUUCAAAAGUCAAACGGCAAAGCAGCACCCCUAGUGCUCCUGAACUGGGACAGCAGCCAGAUGUCAACAUUAGUGAAUGGAAGGACAAACCCACCCAUGAAAUUCUUCAAAAACUGAAUGAUUGCAGUUGUCUGGCUAGCCAAGCCAUCCUGCUGGGUAUACUGCUCAAAAGAGAAGGCCCCAACUUCAUCACAAAGGAAGGUACCGUUUCUGAUCACAUUGAGAGAGUCUAUAGAAGAGCUGGCAGCCAAAAACUUUGGUCGGUUGUACGCCGUGCAGCAAGUCUUUUAAGUAAAGUAGUGGACAGCCUGGCCCCAUCCAUUACUAAUGUUUUAGUGCAGGGCAAACAGGUAACUCUGGGUGCCUUUGGGCAUGAAGAAGAAGUUAUCUCUAAUCCUUUGUCUCCAAGAGUGAUUCAAAACAUCAUCUAUUAUAAGUGUAACACCCAUGAUGAGAGGGAAGCGGUCAUUCAGCAAGAACUGGUCAUCCAUAUUGGCUGGAUCAUCUCCAAUAACCCUGAGUUAUUCAGUGGCAUGCUGAAAAUACGAAUCGGGUGGAUCAUCCAUGCCAUGGAGUAUGAACUUCAGAUCCGUGGCGGAGACCAGCCAGCCUUGGACUUGUAUCAGCUGUCACCUAGUGAAGUUAAACAGCUUCUGCUGGAUAUUCUGCAGCCUCAACAGAAUGGAAGAUGUUGGCUGAACAGGCGUCAGAUCGAUGGGUCUUUGAAUAGAACUCCCACCGGGUUCUAUGACCGAGUAUGGCAGAUUCUGGAGCGCACGCCUAAUGGGAUCAUUGUUGCUGGGAAGCAUUUGCCUCAGCAACCAACCCUGUCAGAUAUGACCAUGUAUGAGAUGAAUUUCUCUCUCCUUGUUGAAGACACGUUGGGAAAUAUUGACCAGCCACAGUACAGACAGAUCGUUGUAGAGUUACUUAUGGUUGUAUCCAUUGUACUGGAAAGAAACCCCGAGCUAGAAUUUCAAGACAAAGUAGAUCUAGACAGACUGGUCAAAGAAGCAUUUAAUGAAUUUCAAAAAGAUCAGAGUCGGCUAAAGGAAAUUGAAAAACAAGAUGACAUGACUUCCUUUUACAACACUCCUCCCCUGGGAAAAAGAGGAACAUGCAGCUAUUUGACAAAGGCGGUGAUGAAUCUGCUGCUGGAAGGAGAAGUCAAGCCAAACAAUGAUGACCCGUGUCUGAUUAGCUAGUGGGGAAGGUGUAGGAAGCUCUGUUGAGACACAUGUUCUGAAGUGUGUUGUGUUUCAUGUUCAAGCUUAAUCAAGGCAGCCAUUAAUAUACGAACUGAGCAUGCUGGGGAGGUGAAUGCCACAUCCUUGGCGGGGUUAUGGACCUCUUGCAUGUCAUAGCCAAUCUAAUGGUAAUGGUAAAUGCUUUUAAUCAAGCAGGAAAAAGUUCUCAUGAUUAUGCCAACUACAAUAGUAAUCCUCACUGAGUGAUAAAAAUAGUUUAUGAAUUGAAAAUUUGCCACUGCAUGUUUUAUGAUCAAAUAGUUCAUCAAAAUGAAUCUUUGCUCUUUGGACUGAAUUCUUACCAUACUGCCAUUAAAAUAAAUUUGCCAACUAGUAAUGCAUACUGGAAAUCAAAAGAUAUUGAAAGAAUGGUGAACUUCUCUUAGUGGUAUUGUCAUGCUAAAAGAUGUUAAUGUACAUCAUAAAAGCAAAGUCAGCCAGCUGAUAUUUUGGUUCUCAAAAACUGCAUUAUUAAUAAUAUUUUAGUAUACAGAGCUAUUCUACAGUUUUUACAUUGUAAACAUGACUAUGGUUUUGUAUUUGCUAAAUAUAGGGGUUGGACUAAAAUAUAAUAAAUCUGUACCUUAUCAAA